AUGAACGAGCGCUGCAUGGAGCGACCUUACAAGAAGUACAUCCAGCGCAUAUUGAACAUGCAGCGGAUGAUUCGCGUGCUGCAAGAGGAAAUUACGGCGUUGCCGGGCACGUUCAUCGUCAAGAACAAAAUCGAUGACUUCCUCCAAUGCGACGACGUAUACCGCCUCGACCAGGUCGAGGAGUCUCUGUUCAAGCUGUAUGGGCAGUUUGAAAAGUUUAAAAGCAACGACCUCAUGCUCAGAACUGAGCUGGAGGAGGUGCUCAACGAGUACUGCGUCAUGCUGGUGGCGCUGAAGCAGCUCAACUCGUCUAACGGACAGUCGUACCUCCCAGCCGAGGCGCCAGCGCAGCGAGGGGCAGGUACGGACGAAUCUGCGGAAUCCAACGCUAAAUUGUUGGCAGAGAGCGACGCAAACGGCGAUAUCGUCGACACGGAAAUGGUCGACAUACCGUCCUCAGCCGAGACCGACUUACAAAGCGCCACUCUGGCGUUCUCUAACAUUGCGGGUAUCAUCAGCGCGCACGACAAGGACGCCUUCUCGAGGGCUAUUUUCAGGGCCAUGCGUGGCAACGUGUACACAUUCUUCCAGGACAGCCAGGCGAUUAAGGAAGUUAUGCUUUCCCGGGGACUCAUCAGCGAAGAAGAGGCCGCGGGUCACGACAAGGAUGAGAAAAUCGUAUUUGUAAUCUACUGCCAGUCGUCCAGUAGCAGCUCCACGUUCCAAAAAUUGCAAAAACUUUGCAAUGGAUUCCAGGCCAAGCUUUUCGAUUGGUCUAAGUCACAGGCUCACAUCCGCCAAAGGUUGGGCGAGCUCGAGGAGAUCAUACGCGACAAGCAAAAGGCGCUAAACGCCUUCAAGAAGUAUUUCCGGGAGGAGAUUGCAUGUCUCCUGGAGUGCCCCAGGCCCGAGGGAAACAGUGUCGUUGAGGAAUGGGCGCUGUUCUGCAAAAAGGAGAAAUACAUCUACUAUAUCCUGAACCAUUUCGAGGCGAGUGACAUCACUCUGCGCGCCGAUUGCUGGUUCCCCGAGGAGGAAGAGGAGAACAUCAGGUCGUAUCUUUUGGCAGAGAAGUCGCAGGGACGCGUUAGCGCACUGCUUCUCGUCGACAACCAGUUCAAAAACAAGAGGUUCUAUGACGACCCAGAGACCAUGCCACCGACGUACAACAAAGGCGGAUUGUUCACACAGGCUUUCCAGAACGUUGUGGACACCUAUGGUAUACCGAGGUAUAAAGAGAUGAACCCAGCGCCAUUCACCAUCGUCACUUUCCCCUUCCUGUUUGGGAUUAUGUUCGGUGAUAUCGGACAUGGCAUGUGCGUGCUUCUGUUCGGUAUAUUCCUGCUCAUGCGUCACCGUCAAUUAAAGGAGAGCUACGGCGGCGAGAUUGCGCUCAUGGUAAUCAACGGACGGUACAUGAUCCUGCUUAUGGGUCUCAUGGCCACAUACACCGGGUUCAUAUACAACGAUUUCCUAUCUUUGCCAAACAACAUCUUUGGAUCGUGUUGGGAGCCUAAUCCCGACAGCCGUGUCAAGGUUGCAGAAGGACAGUACUUGGAGACCCUGAAGAAGUCUAGUGAAAGCUUCCCGGUGGGUUUCGGACUCGACGUGGCAUGGAUCCACGCCACCAACGAACAAACUAUGCUUCACUCAUUCAAGAUGAAGUUUUCCGUUAUAGUCGGGUUCUUACAGAUGAUUAUGGGUGUUUGCCUAAAGGGGCUGAACGCCAUAUACUUCAGGCAGCCGCUGGACUUCUUCUUCGAGUUCCUACCUCAAUUCGUUAUGAUGUGCUGCUUCGUGGGCUAUAUGAACUUCCUGAUCAUCUACAAGUGGAUCACGCCAGUCGACAACGGCUUCGCCAAACCGUCGAUCAUCACCACCAUGAUUGACAUGUGCCUGAUGAAGGACCUGACCAAGAACGACAUCAUGUUCGAGGGGCAGGAAAAAGUUCAACGCAUACUUGUCAUCCUCAUGUUGAUUUGCAUCCCCAUGAUGUUCUUCCCCAAACCCGUCAUGCUCUAUUUAGCACAGAGGCGCAGGCUAGUCAUCGGCGGAGGUGAGCCCAGGCGGGAACACGAGCUGGUCUACCGCCAACCGGACGAUAUUGAAGCAAGGGACCAGGCAAUUGACAGCGUGUCCAACAUGGAUGCCGACAGAAUGGCCGCGUCGAAAUCCCAAUUCAAGAGGGUCAGCUCUACCAGUGAAAUGCAACCGGGCGAAUUCUCGGUCACUAUUCACAGCGACGGCACUGUCACGGAGGACCAUGGAGGUGCACACGCGCAACACAACAUCGCCGAUAUCUUUAUACACCAGCUGAUUGAAACUAUCGAGUUCUCACUGGGUGUCAUCAGCAACACCUCGUCGUAUCUGCGUCUGUGGGCCCUCUCGCUGUCACACCAGCAGCUGUCAUCUGUCUUCUUCAAGCAGACGAUCUACCGCUCACUUGAGGGCGAGGGGGGCGUGGUGGCCACCGUUUUCGGCCUGUUCUUCACCUCCAUAGCCUUCGCGGUGAUCACCUUCUUCGUGAUGCUCUGUAUGGACUCGCUCGAGUGCUACCUGCACGCGCUCAGGCUGCAGUGGGUGGAGUUCCAAAACAAGUUUUUCAAGGCUGACGGCAAAGCAUUCAAGCCUUUCAACAUGAAGAUGUUGCUUGAAAACACAGAUGAGGAACCUUCCUGCGAGUGA